AUGGUGGUCGGGGCAGGCCGCGGUCCCCUGGUGCGCGCGUCGAUCCGCGCGGCGUCGCAGGCGGGGCGCCUGCUGCGCGUGUAUGCUGUCGAGAAGAACCCGGCCGCUGUUGUCCACAUCCAGGCCAUGGUGGAGGCGGAGGGCUGGGCCGACACGGUGACCAUCGUGAAGGCCGACAUGCGCACGUGGUCAGCCCCCCACCAGGCUGACAUCCUUGUCAGCGAGCUGCUGGGGAGCUUCGGGGACAACGAGCUCAGCCCAGAGUGCCUGGACGGCGCGCAGCGCUUCCUGGCCCCGGGGGGUGUCAGCAUCCCGCGAGCCUACACCUCGUUCCUCGCACCCAUCACGACGGCCAAGCUCUUUGACCUGUGCCGGGCCUACAAGGACCUGGAGCACUUUGAGACACCCUACGUCGUCAAGCUGCACAGGUACCACCAGCUGUCCCCGCCUCAGCCCGUGUUCACAUUUGAGCACCCCAACCACGCCGUCCCCAUCGACAACAGCCGCGCCGCGACCCUCACCUUCCCGCGGCGGCCUGAGGACGGCAGCGGCGAGCUGCACGGCUUUGGUGGCUACUUUGAGGCUGAGCUGUACCCAGGGGUCACCCUCAGCACACACCCGCCCACCCACACGCCCAACAUGUUCAGCUGGUUCCCGAUAUUCUUUCCCCUGCGCGAGCCGCUGCUGCUGGCGCCAGGCGAGCCGGUGGUGGCGCACAUGUGGCGCGUGGUUGGGGCUCACAAGGUUUGGUACGAGUGGGCGGUGACGGGCCCGCGCGCGACGGCGGUGCACAACGCAGCCGGACGCAGCUACUGGGUGGGGCUGUGA